AUCCUCUCCAUGGGCCAGGCCAUCCCUGAGAGUGACGUCAUCUUCGUGUCCGCCAGCUCCUCCAAUCACUACGACGAGAUGCAGGACAUGUUCUAUAACCUGCACCAGACGGUGUAUCCUCGUGUCAACAAUUUCACCGUUGUUCUCUUCGACAUUGGUUUAACAGAGGAAGAGAGGAUUAUGACAGAAAAACACUGCCGGUGUCAAGUUGUGACUUUUCCCUUUGAACAUUUUCCAGCUUACGUUAGGGAAAAAAUUUGCUACGCUUGGAAACCUCUGCUGGUUCGGGCUGCUAUAGAGAAAGCAAGGAGACUUUUGGUUUAUCAAGACGCCUCCGUCAGAUGGACUGACCGCAUCCAACAAGUGAUGGACAGGGCGUGGGACAUUGGCGUCCAGUACUUCAGGCCAGAUAGCUUGGCUAGGAUACCCCUGCAUACCCUGAUACAGACCUUCGACUACUUUGGCGAGGAGCCUUGUGCCUUCAACUUAUUCCCAGAGUUACUUGGAGGCGUCUCCAUGUACAGGAAGGACAUCUUUAACAUCCGGGCUAUUCUGGAACCGUGGGCCCGAUGCGCGCUGCAGCAGGAGUGCGUGUGUCCGGUCACUCCUCGCAAGGUCUUAGGGUGUCGUGGCGAGAACAAGAACCAUCGAUGCCAUAGGUUCGAUCAGUCAGCAAUAGGAAUGAUAACUGCGAAAAUAUUUGGUCCUGAUUUAUACCGAGUGCUCGCCCCUGAGUUUCAACAAUUUCUCGGUGUUCAUCGUGGGUCGAAGAGGCCAAACUAUUUUAACUCAACACAAAGUUAAACACCUUAUGUUUUUUAUCUACGUGUGUUUUAUAUUAUGUAUGUUUUAGAAUUUAAGGCCAGAAACCACUUAUGAAAUUAACAAGAUAUUAUUCGAGUGUUACUUUAAUCCAUUUUUAUUAAUUUUUUUUUCUUUAUAAUAAAGAUUGUGUUAAAUCUGGUGUAGUAGGUUUGGUAUCCAUGGGCGAAGUGUGAACAUAAAUAUAGUUUAAACCUCUAUAACUUAAAACAAAGGUAGAUAACGUUAUUCAUAAUAAGUUUCAGUCUUGAUCCAGUGCACUAAGAAGUUUAAUUUUGAAGUUUUCUUAAAAAUAAAAAUUGAAUAUGUGAAAUAAGUAAAAACUUGAAAUUGUAAAUUUACUUCUUACUGAAAAAAAAGAAAUUAUAUUACAUGAAAGAGCCAUUUUUAUAAUAAAGCUCAUGUAUAUAUUUUAAAAACUAUAGCACAAUUCUAUUUAAGCAGAAAUAAUGUAUACGUCAGGUCAGGUAACGAAUUAAAAUAUAUAAAUAAAUACUCGAAUGUCAUCCAGUUGCUAUUCAACGAAA